AUGGCUUUUGAGGUAGCAGAAGAGGAGACAACAGCUGCAGCAGCAACCCCAGCAGCAGCAACAACAGCAGCAGCAACAGCAGCAGCAGCAGCAGCAGCAGCAGAAGGCGAAAGUAGCAGUUUUUUCUCUCUUCCUUCUUUAAAAGAAAUAGAGAGAGACCUUAAAGACCCUUCUGCCUCCAUUUGCUUAAAAAUGCAGCACUUAUUCUCAUUAAGAGAGCAUGCAAAUGAAGAAGCAGCACAACUAUUAAUUGCUGCUCUUACAGAUAGACAAACUAUUGACUCCGUCUUGUUUCGACAUGAAGCUGCUUACGUCUUAGGUCAAUUGAAGAGCGUUGCUGCAGUUAGCUUCUUAGAAACAACUUUGAGAGAUAAAACAGAAGAUGAGAUGGUUAGACACGAGCUGUCUGCCUAUUUGAGCGAUGAAAGCUCAGCAGUGAAGGAGACGUGUCUGCUUGCUGUUCAUAAGCUGCAUGCUGAUCAAAAAGCAGCAGCAGCAGCAGCAGCAGCAGCAGCAGAGGGAGCAGCAGCAGAGGGAGCAGCAGCAGGAGCAGCAGAAGAAGCAGCAGCAGCAGCAGCAGCAGCAGCAGGAGGUCGUUCUCGUUUUAAUACAAUUGACCCUUCGCUUCCUUUUGCUGAGUCCACUGCAGCAGAUAUUCCGAAGUUAGCAGCACUGCUAAAUGAUAAGACACAAAACCUCGCAUUGCGCUACCGAGCCCUCUUUACUCUGAGGGAUAUGCAGGAGCCUGCUGCUGUUGCUGCUGUUGCUGCUGCACUGCAGCAAGACAACAGCUCGGCUUUGCUGCGGCAUGAAAUUGCAUUUGUCUUAGGACAGAUUCAAUUCCCAACAGCAGCAGCAGCAGCAGCAGCAACUGAAGGAGAGGAAUCAACGAGUGCAGCAGCAACAGCAGCACCAGCAACAACAACAGCAGCAGCAGCAGCAUGUGCUUCUGCUGCUGCUUUGCUGCAGUGUCUAGACAACAAAGAAGAACAUCCUAUGGCUCGUCAUGAGGCAGCCUUAGCGUUGGGGAGUUUAGCAGCGCACGCAGCAGCAGAAGAGACUCAAUUUAACCCUGCUGCUGCUGCUGCUGCUGCUGCUGCUGCAGGCGAGCGCUGCAGCAUCCGCCAUGCGGCGGUGGAGAUGCUGUAA